AUGGCUGGCCGAUUCGAAGAACUUCGUGAACAACUCUCCGACGACAUUAAGGGCGUCAACCGCUACAAUCCAAAUCACAUUCCGGCUUUACAAGAGUGCAUUACUGCCAUGUUGAGAGAGGAUACGUACGACAAGGAUAUUUUGUUGACUACCUUGAAGUUGUAUCAGUUGAAUCCAAAAAGGUAAGUUACUUUGAAGAUUUUGUUUAAAAUUUAGGUUGGCAUUACCUUAAGAAGCCUCACGAUGGGCUUUUUAUAUAGCUGGAAAUUACUUUUGUACGAAGUUUAUUUAAUUAUUGUGUAUAUUGUUUUAGUUACAACGAAGGGUACGUGCAAGACAUUCUUCUCAAAACUAUGAUGGUCUUCCCAAGAAACGACUAUGCUUUGGCCAAAUAUUUGAUUGAUGCUAAGUGUGCUUCCUCUCCUGUAAGUAGUUUAUUUAUAUUUUUUGGGUUAAUAUAUGGAGAUUUACAUUAACAUUGCUUUAGUGAAGCAUAUUGUACUAGCUAGUUAUUCUAGUAAGGACGCUUUUACUAAUUUUACUGGCACUUUUUACAAAUAGGAUGAAAGAGUAUUUUCAGGACCUCCGCAAGGUUAUGGACAUUGGAGCUUUGUUGGAAUCGUGCAACUUCAGCGUUUUCUGGAAGCUUCUUCAUGGUGAAUAUGUCCCUUCGAAUACGGCGGAGGAAAAGUUCAAGAAUCCGGAUGAAAUCAAAAAGUUGCUUCAACCUUUGAAAGGGUUUGAAGAUGCUAUUAGACAUUGUAAGUUAAUUUUGUUAUUGAUAAUGUUAAGGAGAAGAUAUAUUAUAAUAUUUUACAGUAGAUGAUUGGGCGGCUAAUUUUUUAUAGUUUAUGUUUUGGAGGGAUAAUUUUGAAAGUUUGGGUAAUGAUGAAGUAUAGCUAUAGAUAUCGUCAACUUAUUUAUUUUUAGAUGUAUGUUCGGUUAUCUCUGCCACUUUUCAAACGAUUGAUGCUUCUCAAUUGAAACGAUUGUUGGGCGGCAUUUCUGGUAAGAUCUUUUUAUACUUUCUCAUGAUUAAAUUGUGUGCGUAUAAAUUUUGGUGCGGAUUUUUAUUUAUCAUGUACGUGUUUAGAUAGCGAAUGCCAAGGAUAUGCGAGGCACUACAAAUGGGAAAAGCGGUCGGAUGGUAGUUACUUUAUUAAAAAUCACGACGCUACCAUUAAGAGCAGAAAUGUUGAGGAAAGAGUCAAGUUCGAACGUAUGUUCAUUUAUUAUUAUACCUUGUAUUAGAGCCUGGCGGGUUUUUAAAUUUGGCGGAUUUUUGAAAGGUUCUGUUUUAACUAUAUUGUACUUGGUAUUUGAAGGGUUCAGGCAGUUUAUAUAGUUUUUCUACCAAUUUAUUAUAGUAAAGUAUAGUUUUUGAUUUUACCUUGUUGAUAACUUUGUCUUUUCAGAAUGCCGUGACGUUCUCCAACUGUCCCACCAAAUCGGAAACUGA